CUGAGGUGGUUAAGACGUAGCGUUUUCCUUUAUCAUACAAGUUUGUGUUGUUCAACUCAAAGCGAGAUAUGGAUUAUUUAGCGCUUGUCGUAGUUGCCGCGCUCAGUCACACAGACACAGGAUCCGCCAGGACAUGGCGCGGCUACGAUUACGACUAUCCCGUGGGAAAUCACCACAACUUCAACUACAAUACCUGGUGCCACAGUGCUGGAGGGUGGGAUAAGGACUCCUGGGAAGAUAGUAGCUCUGAAGAAAGCAUGGGGUGGAAUGAUAAGGACAGAUUAACAAGAUCGACAACAACAGAAAGAAGCGUGGUCAUCACCAAAAUCCAAUCUCAAGGGACAUCUACUCUGUCUAUCCGAGCAGCGUCUUCUGGCAGUACUCCUUCUCCGCUUGAAGUCCUCCUUUGCCUAAAAAUGUGUCCAAUCACUCAAGAAUACAAUCCUGUGUGCGGCACAGAUGGUAUCACGUAUUGGAACCCGGGUCGUUUACAGUGCGCUGUGACCUGUGGAGUUGAUGUGGGAUUAAAAAUUCCAUCAAUAUGUCCUACUAGCAAUUCAGAAUCCUCGUCGGUCCCAACUCUUUCUGCAGCCAAUCCGACACCGUCGCCGCAGAUUGUGGCGACGUGCAUGAGGUCCUGUCCCGUGACGUCAGAGUACAACCCUAUUUGUGGCACAGAUAACAUAACUUACAAUAAUCCAUCGCGUUUGGAAUGUGCAAAGAGUUGUGGCAAACCUGUGUCACAGCGGCUUGCAUCGCGUUGUCCACCUCCUGACCAAAUCUUUACUUCUUCUAUUACACCAGCUACUGCCAGUUCUUCAACAUCUACCACUACUUCUACUGAAAGACCAAAUAAUGUCAUCAGUUCUACCUUAGACCCAAUUGUCACUUCAUCCAGAAGAACAACAGAGUACACUAUUGAUCCCGACCUUUUGGCCGCAGUUUUUAAUGGGGACAACAGUUCAACAACAACUGAAAAUAUUCCCGACUUUAGCUUAGAUGAACGAUUUGAGGAUAUGAUCGAUGUCAUAGUUUAA